UGAAAAGAUGGCGCCCGAAUGAAAGACGCUCAAUUAAGAGUGUGCAAGAUCUUAUUAAACUCGUAAUAUUAAUAAUUUUACGUACUUCUAAGAAAAUGAGUAAUCUAUCACCAUUUGGAGGUGGUAAAAACCCACCAUGGGUUCGCAAUGCAGGUCAAGGAAUCCAAAAUAUUCAACAACAAAUGUUAGGUCAGGCGAUGGGUAGUAUAGGUGGACAACCUAUGGUUCAAUAUCAGCAACAAACUCAACAGGUUUAUCAACAAAGUUUGGGAUUACAACAGCCUAAUAUAACCAUGGCUUCGAUGGCAACACUUGGAUCUAAUUUGCCAUCGAGUAUAGCAGGACAGUUGUACCCUCAAGUUGCUACAGUUUCAUAUCCAACACCAAGAGCAUUAAAUACAAAUGCAUUUCAACCUUCUGUUGCUGGUGUACCACAGCAAGUACAACAGAAUGUACCCUCAUCGUCUACCAAACAAAGAGUUUUUACUGGCACAGUGACCCAAGUAUAUGAUAACUUUGGUUUCGUAGAUGAAGAUGUAUUUUUUCAAACAAAUGCAUGCGUUAAGGGAUCGAAUCCAGUUGUCGGCGAUCGUGUGCUUGUAGAAGCAUCCUAUAAUCCAUCUAUGCCAUUUAAGUGGAGUGCUACCAGAAUACAAGUACUUCCUAUGGGAAAUAAUAAUAGUAAUACUAAUACACAGCAAAGUAAUCAAACUGCCCGUCAACAGCAGCAACAACAACAGCCGCAACAAAAUCGAACCUCAGGAACAUACAAUGCUGUACCUCCGCCUGCCGAAAAUGCUAACAAUAGAUUUACAACUAGUGCAACGAGUGCUAAUACAGUUAGUAAUCGCAACAAAGUUGGAAGAGUAAGAGAAAGAUCUCCUCGAGAACGAAAAAAUGAAGAAGAUGAAAUUGAAAGGAAGAGGCGUCGUGAAGAAAGAAUUAGAGAACGUGAAAAGAAAGAAGAGCGUAGUCCAUCGAGGACUAGAAGGAGUAAAUCUCCAAGACCACGACGACGUACUAGAGUUGUACCACGUUACAUGGUACAAAUACCAAAAAUAGCACUUGAUUUGCCUGAAGCAGAUGUACUUGAGAUAAGAAGACGCUAUCAAAAUAUGUAUAUACCUAGUGAUUUCUUUUCUACUAAUUUCCGCUGGGUUGAUGCAUUUCCACCACAUAUGCCAUUUGCUCUUAAUAAACCAUGUUCUUUCCAUGUCAUGCAUAAGGACGUUGAUCCUUGUCUCGAAAAUACAGCAAUACUAGAGCCCUCGGAUGCUGAUUAUCUAUUCUCAGCGAAGGUAAUGCUGAUAUCCAUGCCUGCUAUGGAAGAAAUAUAUAAACGGUGUUGUGGUGUUUCUGAGGAUAGAGAUCCAGAUCGCGAUUAUGUACAUCCCACGCGAUUAAUAAAUUUCUUGGUAGGCUUGCGAGGUAAAAAUGAAACAAUGGCUAUUGGUGGGCCAUGGAGUCCUUCUUUGGAUGGUCCUAAUCCUGACAAGGAUCCAUCGGUUCUGAUCAGGACAGCAGUAAGGACGUGUAAAGCACUUACGGGGAUAGAUCUGUCCAGCUGCACUCAGUGGUACCGCUUCCUGGAACUCUACUACAGACGUGCAGAAACGACCCACAAGUCGGGGCGAGUGGUGCCGUCUCGCGUUGAAACCGUCAUACUAUUUCUCCCAGAUGUUUGGAGCUGUGUACCUACCAGAUUGGAAUGGGAUGGCCUGCAACUCAGCUAUAAGAAACAACUGGAGCGAAAAUUGCUGCGCACUGCCUCUAACCCUGACGAAUCGGAUGCUGCCAAUGACACUGAUGAGGCUGCCGUCGCUGAUCAAAAGGAUGAUCCAGUACCCGAGAAAAAGGACCCCGCUCAUUAUUCUGAGCUGGACCCAAAAUCUAUGAAUGUAAACGAACUACGUCAAGAAUUAGCUGCUCGUACUUUAAAUUGUAAAGGCCUGAAAUCGCAGUUGCUUGCAAGACUUAUGAAGACGAUAACCUCAGAACAGGCUAAAGAGGAAGGAAGACAAGACGACAUUGAAGAAAAUGAAAAAGAUAUUUCACCACCACCAAAGGAAGAGGACGAUAAAAAAUUCAGGGACAAUAAAGAUCAUGAUGAAGAUAGAAGAAAGCUUUGCGAACGUGAACGUGCUGCUCUUGAGAAACGGUAUACUUUACCGGAAUCGUCUCACAUAAUCGUCCAUCCUUCCAGAAUGGCUAAAAGUGGAAAGUUCGAUUGUACCGUUAUGUCUUUAAGUGUACUUUUAGAUUAUAGGCCAGAAGAUACAAAGGAACAUUCCUUUGAAGUAUCAUUGUUUGCGGAACUCUUUAACGAGAUGUUAAUGCGAGAUUUCGGUUUUCGAAUUUAUCGAUCAUUGUGUAGUCUUCCUGAAAAACCUAAAGAAAAGGAUGAAGAUAAGAAGAAGGAUAAGAAAGAUGAUAAGAGAGAUGAGAAAAAAGAUGAUAAAAGGAAAGACGACGAGAAAAAGUGUAUCAGGAAAGAUGAAAGGAAGGAUGAUAAAAAACGAGAAGGAAGUAAAGAUAAAAAGGACGAGAAGGAUGGAAAAAUUAAAACAGACGAUAAGGAUCGUGAAAAAGAAAAGAACGAUGACGAUGAUGACGAUGAAGAAGACGAAUCCGAUGAUGAUGAUUCGAUUAAAGAUGGUAGGAAAGAUAGAGAAAGGGAUGGAAGGAAGAGAAAAACAAAAUUGUAUACACAUGAUCCUUACCUUCUACUUUCUUUUGUUUAUUUCGAUCAAACUCAUUGUGGAUAUAUAUUCGACAAAGAUAUAGAAGAACUUAUUUAUACUUUAGGAUUGAAUUUAUCAAGAGCUCAAGUUCGUAAAUUAGUACAAAAGGUAGUAACAAGAGAUUCCUUGCAUUAUCGUAAAUUAACAGAUAGAUCCAAGGAAGAUGAUCCAAAAGAGGAUAAGAAAGAUGAGAAAGAUACGGACAAGGAUGAAUCUACCAAGACAGAGAGCGAAGAAGAAAUACUACGUUCGUUAGCACUUGGAAAUAAAAAAUUGUUACCCGUAUUUGUUGGAAGUGGACCACCAUCAAAGAGAGCACGAAGAGAAAAUACAGCCUCGGAACAGUCUGACGAGCCAAUUAUAUCAGAAGGUUUUGUCAUGUACAAAGGUUCUUUAUUAGAUGUGGAAAAACUUGUAAGCCAAUUAAAAAGAUCGGAAAAGGCUCGAUUGGAUACAGAAGAGCGCAUGAUGGAGUUACAGCACGAACUAACGAUAGUAAACGAAAAAUCUGCAAAACAAACAAAUAACAUUAAAGCCCUUUCUGACGACUUGAAGAUGUACAAAGACAAAUUAAGAAGUACAGACGAAAAGCUCAAAAAAGUAUCGACUGAAUGUCAUACAUACCUCACUGCAGUAAAAAAUAUGUAUCACAUAGCAGCAAAAAUGAUGCAGUCUGACACAAAGAAAGUAGAGAUUGUAGAAAUACAAGAUGAGAAAGUUGGCGAAGUAAAUGGAUCAGAAAUUGAAAACAAAUUUAAGGCAGAUACCAGGUGGGGAGAUAAUAAGGUUGCAGUAAAAAGAGAAUUUGCAGAAACAGAUAAAGAUAAAAAGUGUGACAAUAAAGUCUCGAUUAAGAAGGAAGUCGUGGAUACUGAUAAGGAAAAAAAGUAACAGAUAUUACAUUCUUUAUUUAUUGUAAAAGAUACGAACGCAUCGAUAUAAAAUUCUAAUUGUACUAGUAACGAGAAAGCUAUAAACGUGCUGAGUGGUGAUAGCACAAGGGAUAAAUGGGAUAUGAAAUUUGUCCAUAUGAAAGUAAAUGACUCUGAAGAAACCUGUUUUAUAACUUUUUUCACUCAGUGACAAUAUGUGGUAAACCUGUUUCUCUGCAUAUUACAUUAGAAGAAAGAUCACGCGUUUUAUUAGUAUACAUAAGUGAUACUGAAUAAUGCAAAUAUUAGAACGGAUCACUAUAUUGCCAUUUUUCACAUAAAUUUGUCAAGUUUUAUGCAGAUAGACAAAAUUCUUAAAAAUCUUUGAAAUACCUAAUGUGACUCUAACCUGUUAUAAAGUGCCAGAUAUUAAUAGCCAGUGUAUAUCGUAGGCUUGGAAUAAGUUUACAUUGAACAUUCUCAUCAUUUGACCAGUACACACUUUCUAAUUUUUAUUGUAUUUUUAGAUAAAUUCAAUCAUCGAUCAACUCAUUGAAAUCUAAUAUUCUUUCAUUUUUUAUUUCGUUCUGUAAUAAACUGUGAUUUAUUAAGAAAAAUAGUGUAUCACAAUGCAAAGUUCUUUUCUUUUAAUAGUUUGUAUUUAGAAUUACAACGUUAGCAUUGUUGCUUCUACGCAUGGAUUAUAAGCAUUAUACUUUUAAUCCUUAAGUGACCUUAGAUAAAUUUUUAUUUAUCGUGGGUACUUUUCUCUCGAAGCAGCAAUCGAUUAACAGGUUUAACAAUAGCAAUGUGUUUGUAUUAUGUUGUAAACGUAUUUAUUGUUUUGUACACAGAAGACAGUAUGAAAUAAAACUUUUAUGCGAUAUGCAUAACACCAAUCAUAAAGUAGACAGUAAUAAUUAAUUUAAGGGAUAUCGUUAGCAUUAUUUUUUUUGUGCUGCAUACAAAUUAGAACUUUAUAUUACUCUAUAUUUUCUGUAAUUGUUGUAAAUACUUUUACGAAAACGUUACCUAAGAGUAAUUUCAGCACCAAAGUAUCUGUAGGCAAUUUAAUUCCAAGUAAAUACAUUAAUGUGUAUAAAGUGU